CUGGGUCAGCAAAAGUUCAGCAAGAAAAUGCAGCUUCCUGUCUUUACAGUGGAUGCAUUUACUAAUGAAGCAUUUCGUGGGAAUCCUGCAGCGGUUUGUCUUCUUGAAAAUGAAUUGGAUGAAGAUAAACACCAAAAAAUCGCCAGAGAAAUGAACCUCUCCGAAACCGCCUUCAUCCGAAAACUACACCCAACAGAUGAUUUCACCCAAAGUUCGUGCUUUGGGUUAAGAUGGUUUACACCAACCAAUGAAGUCCCUCUCUGUGGACACGCCACCCUCGCCUCCGCCGCGGUGCUUUUUCACAAGAGAAAAAAUAUCAACCCUACCCUAACGUUUGUAACUCUGAGUGGGGAACUAAGGGCCAGACAAGUAGAAGAUGACAUAGUGCUGGACCUGCCCCUUUAUUCAACUUACAUUCAGGAUUCCCAGGAAGUAGACGACAUGAUAAAGGCCGCAAUAGGAGAUGGGCAGGUUCAGGAUAUUCGUUAUUCUCCAGACGCUAAGAAACUCCUCGUUCGCCUCAGCGAUAAGUAUGAAAGGUCUUUUCUGGAGAACCUUAAAGUGGCUGCUCAGAAUCUCCCGCAAUUCGAGAGGACAGGGAAGGUGAAAGGCCUCAUUCUCACCUUGAAAGGACAGCCGGGUGGAAAGCCCCAGGAUUACGACUUUUACUCCAGAUAUUUUGCCCCAUGGUAUGGAGUUCCUGAAGAUCCUGUCACAGGAUCUGCCCAUGCUGUUCUCAGCGGCUACUGGUCCCAGCAACUGGGGAAAAAAGAAAUGAGAGCUUUUCAGUGUUCCUACCGUGGAGGAGAACUGAAGAUGUCCCUGAGGGGCGAUCAGAGAGUUGACAUCAGUGGUCAAGCGGUUAUCGUCUUGGCAGGCAGUUUGACAGUCUGAAGGCCGAAGGGUUAGGAUUCAUGUUACUCCCAAAUACUGUUCUAUUGUAUUCUCCCAAGCGCUUAGCACAGUGCUCUGCAAACAGUAAGCGCUCAGUGAAUAUGACUGAAUGAGUAGGUAGUGAUGCAGCAGUUAUACAAGCCCGGGUCCAUGAUGCUAUCCCCACUUUGGAUUUCAAUUUGCUCCUGGCUCACGGACUUUAGGGGCAUCAUGAAGUCAUGGGACCAUAUCCACCAUAGCUUCUCUGUCUCCAGUGGCAACGUAGUUUCUCUUUCCUGAUGGGGUCACAGGGC